GGCAGGCAGGGCACAGUUUGCAUGUGGAGGCACAUGGGGGCUGGAGGGGGAAACCAGCCUGGGUGUGACACCGGGAGGGUCCUGCCCCUGGCUGGUGGUGGGGUCCUCAGGUUUGGGACAGAUGCUCAAGGGACACACAGGUAGAAGUGGAACUCUGCUUCUACAGUGGCUUCAGGACAGUGAGGUUGGAGCUGGGGUGAGGAGGAGAUGUCCCCACCAGUGAGAACAGCCCAUUAGGGGGUCGGUGAAGAGAAACAAGGCCAGACUCUGAAUUCCCAGAAAGGGGCAAACAGGCCCCCUGGAGAACCUGCCACCAGGUGAUGUUCCCUGGGGAAUGAGACUAGGCUUGGGCAAGCAUGUGCAGGUGCCCAUGUUGGGUGAAGCUUGGUUCUUGGGGCCACACUGGGUGGGGGAGGGAUGUGGAACGCAGAUGAGGGCUCGGCACCCAUCCAGCGCUCAUCCCCACCAUCGCCUCCCCUCACAGGUCCCUACCGCCGCCCCCGCCGCCGCCACCAUGGAUUGCUCCCCGUUCAGUGGCGCGCCCCGCUUCCUGACCCGUCCUAAGGCCUUCCUGGUGUCGGUGGGCAAGGAUGCCACGCUGAGCUGCCAGAUCGUGGGCAACCCGGUGCCACAAGUGAGCUGGGAGAAGGACCGGCAACCGGUGGAAGCGGGCGCGCGCUUCCGCCUGGCCCAGGACGGCGAACUGUACCGCCUCACCAUCCUGGACCUCAUGCUCGGCGACAGCGGGCAGUACGUGUGUCGCGCGCGCAACGCCAUCGGCGAGGCCUUCGCCGCUGUCAGCCUGCAGGUGGGCGCCGACACCACGCUCGCGGAGCAGGCGCCGCACUUCCUGCUGCGGCCCACGUCCAUUCGCGUGAGCGAGGGCGAAGAUGCCACGUUCCACUGCCGCGUGCAGGGCAGCCCGCCGCCGGCCUUGAGCUGGGCCAAGGAUGGGCGCCGCCUGGGCGAGCCCGCCGCGCCCGACGCCCACCGCGUGCAAGUGGAGGCUCACGGCGAGGAGAGCGCACUGCGCAUCCGCGCCGCGCGGCCCCGCGACGGUGGCACCUACACGGUGCACGCCGAGAACCCCCUGGGCGCCGCCAGCGCUAGCGCCGCACUUGUGGUGGACGCAGGCGUGCCAGGCCCGCCAGCGGGCUCCACGGCCGCACUCCUGGCGCAUCUGCAGCGGCGGCGCGAGGAGAUGCGCGGCGCCGAAGGACCGCGGACGCCCCCCGGCGUCGGCACGCGCACGUGCACUGUGACCGAGGGCAAGCACGCGCGGCUCAGCUGCUACGUGACGGGCGAGCCGAAGCCUGAGACCGUGUGGAAGAAGGACGGGCAGCUGGUGGCGGAGGGCCGGCGGCACAUGAUUUACGAGGACGCGCAGGAGAACUUCGUGCUCAAGAUCCUCUUCUGCAAGCAGGAAGACCGUGGCCUCUACACCUGUACCGCCUCCAACCUGGUGGGCCAGACCUACAGCUCGGUGCUGGUCGUGGUGCGAGAGCCCCCGGUGCCCUUUAAGAAGCGCCUGGAGGACCUGGAGGUGUGGGAGAAGGAGUCAGCCACGUUCCAGUGCGAGGUGCCGCUGCCUGCCACUGAGACCACCUGGUACAAGGAAGAGACGAGGUUGUGGGCCAGCCCCAAGUAUGCCAUUGAGGAGGAAGGCACCGAGCGCAGGCUGACUGUGCGCAACGUCACGGCUGACGACGACGCAGUCUACAUCUGUGAGAUCACUGAAGGCAGCCGCACGGUGGCCGAGCUCUCUGUCCAAGGCAACCUUACCAGAAAGCUCCCGCGGAAAACAGCAGUGCGCCCGGGGGAUACGGCCAUAUUUUGUGUGGAGUUGGCCAGUCCACAGGGACCUGUGCGAUGGCUUUGGAACCAGGAGGAGGUGGUGGCUGGGGGUCGAGUGGCCAUCACUGCUGAAGGCACAUGCCACACACUGGUCAUCUCCCAGUGCACCCUGGAGGACGCUGGCGAAGUGGCUUUCACGGCCGGGGACUGCCGCACAUCCACCAAAUUCUGCGUAGCAGCCCCCAGGAAGCCACCUGUGUGCCCACCUUCUGACCCCGUGGUGAAGGCCAAGACGGAGAGUUCUGUGACCCUCAGCUGGUCCCCCCCGCCCCUUGGAGACCGCCCUGUCCCCAUUGAUGGGUACCUGGUAGAGAAGAAGAGACUCGGUGCCUACACCUGGAGCCGAUGCCAUGAGGCCGAGUGGGUGUCCACACCUGAGCUGACCGUGGCCAGCGUGACAGAGGAGGGGGACUUCCAGUUCCGGGUGUCAGCUGUGAACAGCUUUGGCCAGAGUCCCUCCCUAGAGUUUCCGGGGACAGUCCACCUGGCCCCGCAGCUGGCUGUGAAGACGCCUCUGAAGGCGGUGGAGGCCGUGGAGGGUGGAGAGGUAACCUUCUCUGUAGACCUCACGGUGGCCUCGGCGGGCGAGUGGUUCCUGGACGGUCAAGCCCUGAAGGCCAGCAACAUGUACGUGAUCCACUGCGACCGCACACACCACACCCUUACCAUCCGCACCGUGCCCGCCAGCCUGCACGGCGCUGAGCUCAAGUUUGUGGCCGACGGCAUCGAGAGCAGCAUCCGCAUGGUGGUCCGAGCGGCCCCAGGGCUGAUUGGUGACAAGCCACCUGUGGCAGCGGCCCAGAAGGUGUGGGCACGGCUGCACGAGGAGGCACAACUGCUGGCUGAGCUGUCAGACCAGGCAGCAGCCGUGACGUGGCUGAAGGAUGGCCGUGCACUGCCACCAGGCCCCAAGUAUGAGGUGCAGGCAUUGGCCGGGCAGCGGGUCCUGCUUGUGAAGGACGUGGCUGGAGAUGACGCUGGCCUGUAUGAGUGCCUCAGCCGUGGGGACCGCAUCGCCUACCAGCUCUCUGUGCAAGGCCUCAUCAAGUUUUUGCACAAGAAGCCAGCGGGUGGCCGUGUAGAGGUGGUGGCCGGCAGCCGGGCCCAGUUUGAGUGUGAGACCUCCGAGGCCCACGUGAGCGUGCGUUGGUACAAGGAUGGCACUGAGCUUAGUGGCUCCUCCCAGCGCUUCUCACGGGAGGACGAGGGCACGUGGCACCGCCUGGUGGCAACUGCAGUCACCAGGCAGGAUGAGGGCACCUACACCUGCCAUGCAGGCGAGGACUCUGUGGAUUUCCAGCUCCGGGUCUCUGAGCCCACAGCAGUGUUUGCCAAGGAGCAGCCAGCAUGGAGCGAGGUACGGGCUGAGGUGGGGGCCAGCGCCACGCUGAGCUGCGAGGUGGCUCAGUCCCAGACGGAGGUGACGUGGUACAAGGACGGGAAGAAGCUGAGUUCAAGCUCGAGGGUGCGUGUGGAGGCCAAGGGCCGAGGGCGGCGGCUGGUGGUGCAGCAGUCAGGCAAGGCGGACGCCGGGGAGUACAGCUGUGAGGCUGGCGGCCAGAAGGUCUCCUUCCGCCUGGACGUCACAGAGCCCACAGUGGUGUUUGCCAAGGAGCAGCCGGCACGGAGCGAGGUGCGGGCCGAGGCGGGGGCCAGCGCCACGCUGAGCUGUGAGGUGGCCCAGGCCCAGACGGAGGUGACGUGGUACAAGGACGGGAAGAAGCUGAGUUCAAGCUCGAGGGUGCGCGUGGAGGCCACGGGCCGAGGGCGGCGGCUGGUGGUGCAGCAGGCAGGCAAGGCGGACGCCGGGGAGUACAGCUGUGAGGCCGGCGGCCAGAAGGUCUCCUUCCGCCUGGACGUCACAGAGCCUACAGUGGUGUUUGCCAAGGAGCAGCCAGCAUGGAGUGAGGUGCGGGCUGAGGCGGGGGCCAGCGCCACGCUGAGCUGCGAGGUGGCCCAGGCCCAGACGGAGGUGGCGUGGUACAAGAAUGGAAAGAAGCUGAGUUCGAGCUCAAGGCUGCGCGUGGAGGCCACGGGCCGUGGGCGGCGGCUGGUGGUGCAGCAGGCGGGCAAGGCGGACACUGGGGAGUACAGCUGUGAGGCCGGGGGCCAGAAGGUCUCCUUCCGCCUGGACGUCACAGAGCCCGCAGUGGUGUUUGCCAAGGAGCAGCCAGCACGGAGUGAGGUGCAGGUGGACGUGGGGGCCAGCGCCACAUUGAGCUGUGAGGUGGCACAGGCCCAGACGGAGGUGGCGUGGUACAAGAAUGGAAAGAAGCUGAGUUCGAGCUCAAGGGUGCGUGUGGAGGCCACGGGCCGCAGGCGGCGGCUGGUGGUGCAGCACGCGGGCAAGGCGGACGCCGGGGAGUACAGCUGUGAGGCCGGCGGCCAGAAGGUCUCCUUCCGCCUGGAUGUCACAGAGCCCUCAGUGGUGUUUGCCAAGGAGCAGCCGCCACAGAGCGAGGUGUGGGCUGAGGCGGGGGCCAGCGCCACACUGAGCUGUGAGGUGGCCCAGGCCCAGACGGAGGUGACGUGGUACAAGGACGGGAAGAAACUGAGUUCGAGCUCGAGGGUGCGUGUGGAGGCCACAGGCCGUGGGCGGCGGCUGGUGGUGCAGCAGGUGGGCAAGGCGGACGCAGGGGAGUACAGCUGUGAGGCUGGCGGCCAAAAGGUCUCCUUCCACCUGGAUGUCACAGAGCCCACAGUGGUGUUUGCCAAGGAGCAGCCAGCACGGAGCGAGGUGCGGGCUGAGGCGGGGAGCAGCGCCACACUGAGCUGUGAGGUGGCCCAGGCCCAGAUGGAGGUGAUGUGGUACAAGGACGGGAAGAAGCUGAGUUCAAGCUCGAGGGUGCAUGUGGAGGCCACAGGCCGUGGGCGGCGUCUGGUGGUGCAGCAGGCGGGCAAGGCGGAUGCAGGGGAGUACAGCUGUGAGGCCAGCGGCCAGAAGGUCUCCUUCCGCCUGGACGUCACAGAGCCCACAGUGGUGUUUGCCAAGGAGCAGCCGGCACAGAGCGAGGUGCAGGCCAAGGCGGGGGCCAGCGCCACACUGAGCUGUGAGGUGGCCCAGGCCCAGACGGAGGUGACGUGGUACAAGGACGGGAAGAAGCUGAGUUCAAGCUCGAGGGUGCGCGUGGAGGCCAUGGGCCGAGGGCGGCGGCUGGUGGUGCAGCAGGCGGGCAAGGCGGACGCCGGGGAGUACAGCUGUGAGGCCGGCGGCCAGAAGGUCUCCUUCCGCCUGGACGUCACAGAGCCCGCAGUGGUGUUUGCCAAGGAGCAGCCAGCACAGAGCGAGGUGCAGGCUGAGGCGGGGGGCAGCGCCACGCUGAGCUGUGAGGUGGCUCAGGCCCAGACGGAAGUGGCGUGGUACAAGGAUGGGAAGAAGCUGAGUUCAAGCUCAAGGCUGCGCAUGGAGGCCACAGGCUGUGGGCGGCAGCUGGUGGUGCAGCAGGCAGGCAAGACGGACGCCGGGGAGUACAGCUGUGAGGCCGGCGGCCAGAAGGUCUCCUUCCGCCUGAACGUCACAGAGCCCACAGUGGUGUUUGCCAAGGAGCAGCCGGUACAGAGCGAGGUGCGGGCUGAGGUGGGGGCCAGCGCCACACUGAGCUGUGAGGUGGCCCAGGCCCAGACGGAGGUGACGUGGUACAAGGACGGGAAGAAGCUGAGUUCAAGCUCGAGGGUGCGCGUGGAGGCCACGGGCCGUGGGCGGCGGCUGGUGGUGCAGCAGGCGGGCAAGGCGGAUGUUGGGGAGUACAGCUGUGAGGCUGGCGGCCAGAAGGUCUCCUUCCACCUGGAUGUCACAGAGCCCGAGGUGGUGUUUGCCAAGGAGCAGCUGGCACGGAGUGAGGUGUGGGCUGAGGCAGGGGCCAGCACCAUGCUGAGCUGUGAGGUGGCCCAGGCCCAGACAGAGGUGGUGUGGUACAAGGAUGGGAAGAAGCUGAGUUCAAGCUCAAGAGUGCACGUGGAGGCCACAGGCUGUGGGCGGCAGCUGGUGGUGCAGCAGGUGGGCAAGGCAGAUGCUGGAGAGUACAGCUGUGAGGCCAGGGGCCAGAAGGUCUCCUUCCACCUGGACGUCACAGAGCCCACAGUGGUGUUUGCCAAGCAGCAGCCGGUACAGAGCGAGGUGCGGGCUGAGGUGGGGGCCAGCGCCACACUGAGCUGUGAGGUGGCCCAGGCCCAGACGGAGGUGACGUGGUACAAGGACGGGAAGAAGCUGAGUUCAAGCUCGAGGGUGCGCGUGGAGGCCACGGGCCGUGGGCGGCGGCUGGUGGUGCAGCAGGCGGGCAAGGCGGACGCCGGGGAGUACAGCUGUGAGGCUGGCGGCCAGAAGGUCUCCUUCCGCCUGGAUGUCACAGAACCGGAGCCUGAGCCUGGAGCCCUUGAGAAACGUGGCCACAGGAAGCCUCUGGUGGUCAAGGAACACGAAGACAUCGUCCUGACGGCGGUACUGGCUGCAUCCUCUGUGGCCACUGUGGCGUGGUUCAAAGACGGUGUGGAGAUUCGCCGCAGCAAGCGGCAUGAGACCACCAGCCUGGCGGACACCCACACCCUGACAGUACAUGGCGCCCAGACCCUGGACAGUGCCAUAUACAGCUGCCAAGUAGGCGACCAGCGGCAGGACUUCCCUGUCCAGGUGGAAGAGGUUGGUGCCCGGUUCUCCCGGGCCCUGGAGCCGGUGAGCGGGGAGCUGGGCGGCCAGGUGGUGCUGGCCUGCGAGCUGAGCCCGGAGCAGGCCGAGGUGGUGUGGCGCUGCGGAAGCACACAGCUGCGGCCCGGCAAGCGCUUCCGUAUGGAGGCCGUGGGGCCGCUGCGCUCCCUCACCAUCACCAGCCUGCGGGCAGAGGAUGCGGGCGAGUACGUGUGUGAGAGCCGUGACAACAGCACCCGUGCCUUGCUGUCCGUCCAAGUUCCCCGAGUGGUGAAGUUCACGUCUGGGCUGAGCGGCGUGGUCACGGAGGAGGGUCGGGAGGCUACCUUCCAGUGCGUGGUGUCUCCCAGCGAUGCUGUGGUCACCUGGUACCGGGACGGCGCCCUGGUGCAACCCAGUGAGAAGUUUCUUAUAUCACAGAGUGGUGCUAGCCACAGCCUGACCAUCUCUAGCCUGGCCCUGGAGGACUCGGGCCAGAUCACGGCGGAGGCUGAGGGUGUGACCUCCGUGGCAGCCCUCAAGGUCCGAGAGGCCCCUGUGCUGUUCAAAAAGAAGCUGGAACCUCGGACGGUAGAGGAACGGGGCUCAGUGACGAUGGAGGUGGAGUUGUCGAGACCGUGGCCAGCUGUCAAGUGGACACGGAAUGCGGCUGCCCUGGUACCUGGUGAGAACGUGAAGAUCCACGCUGAGGGCACACGCCACCGCCUGGUUCUGCACAACGUCGGCUUCUCUGACCGUGGCUUCAUAGGCUGCGAGACACCUGAUGACAAGACCCAGGCCAAGCUGAAUGUGGAGAUGCGCCAGGUCUGCCUCGUGCAUGGCCUGCAGGCGAUGGAGGCCCAGGAGCAGAGCAAGGUCACCAUGCAGGUGGAGCUGUCACAUACAGACGUGGAGGGCACCUGGACUCGAGAUGGGCUUCGGCUCCAGCCGGGGCCCUCGUGCAGCCUGGCUGUGAGUGGCCCCACCCACACGCUCACACUGUCCGGGCUGCGGCCAGAAGACAGCGGUCUCAUUGCCUUCAGGGCCGAGGGUGUGCACACAUCAGCGAGGCUGCUUGUCACUGAGCUGCCUGUGAGGUUCAUCCGCCCGCUGCAGGAUGUGGUGGCCACAGAGAAGGAGAAGGCAAUCCUGGAGUGUGAGCUGUCGCGCCCCAAUGCUGAUGUGCGCUGGCUGAAGGACGGUGUGGAGCAGCGGGUGGGCAAGAGUGUGGGCAUCACAGCCCAGGGAGCCUGCAGGAGCCUCAUCAUUUACCGGUGUGAGCUCGGGGACCAGGGUGUCUACGUGUGCGAUGCCCAUGAUGCCCAGAGUUCUGCCUCCCUGAAGGUGCAAGGUCGUGACAUCCAGAUUGUGAGGCCCCUGGAGGAUGUGGAGGUGAUGGAGAAGGAGGGUGCCACCUUCUCCUGUGAGAUCUCCCACGAAGAGGUACCUGCCCAGUGGUUCCGAGAGGGCAGUAAGCUGCGGCCCAGUGACAAUGUGCGCAUCCGCCAGGAAGGAAGGACAAACACUCUGAUCUAUCGGAGAGUCCUGGCGGAAGAUGCAGGUGAAAUCAGAUUUGUAGCCGAAAAUGCGGAAUCGCGAGCCCAGCUCCGUGUGAAAGAGUUCCCUGUGUCCAUCCUGCGCCCACUGCGGGACAAGAUCGCCAUGGAGCGGCAUCGGGGCGUGCUGGAGUGCCAGGUGUCGCGGGCCAGUGCCCAGGUGCGCUGGUUCAAGGGCAGCGUGGAGCUAGAGCCCGGGCCCAAGUACGAGAUGGUCAGUGAUGGCCUGUACCGCAAGCUGGUCAUCUCCAGUGUCCAGCCAGAGGAUGAGGACAGCUACACCUGUGAUGCCGGCGACGUCAAGACCACUGCCCAAUUCUUUGUGGAAGAACAGUCCAUCAGCAUCGUGCAGGGCCUGCAGGACGUGACUGUGAUAGAGCCCGCCCCUGCUUGGUUCGAAUGCGAGACCUCCAUUCCGUCUGUGCGGCCGCCCAAGUGGCUCCUGGGCAAAACAGCAUUGCAGGCAGGGGCGGACGUGGGCCUGGAGCAGGAGGGCACCGUGCACCGCCUGGUGCUACGACGCACCAGCUCUUCCAUGACGGGGCCCGUGCACUUCACCAUUGGCAAGGCCCGCUCCUCCGCCCACCUCGUCGUCUCAGAUGUCCCCGUGGUGCUGACGCGGCCACUAGAGCCCAAGGCCGGGCGGGAGCUGCAGUCAGUGGUGCUGUCCUGUGACUUCCGGCCCCCCCCCAAGGCCGUGCAGUGGUAUAAGGACAAUGUGCCCCUAGUACCCUCUGACAAGUUCAAGAUGAUGCUCGAGGGCCACAUGGCAGAACUUCGUGUCCUGCGGCUUACUCCUGCUGACGCUGGCGUCUACUUGUGUCAGGCGGGCAGUGCCCAGAGCAGCGCCAUGGUCACCGUGGAGGCACGGGAGGUGGCAGUGACACAGCCCCUACAGGACAUAGAGGCCACGGAGGAGGACCUUGCCUGCUUCUCAUGUGAGCUGUCUCACGAGGACGAGGAGGUGGAGUGGUCUCUCAACGGGACACCCCUGUACAACGACAGCUUCCACGAGAUUACCCAUGAGGGCUGCCGCCACAUGCUGGUGCUGAAGCGUGUCCGCCGGGAAGACACGGGCACUGUGCGCCUCGCCUCCACCAAGGUCACCGCCUCCGCCCACCUGGAGGUCAGAGCGAAGCCGGUGGUCUUCCUGAAGGUGCUGGACGAUGUGUCGGUGGAGGAGCAGGGAACACUGGCCCUACAGUGCGAGGUCUCGGACCCCGAAGCCCGCGUGGUGUGGUACAAGGAUGGUGUGGAGCUGGGCCCUGGUGACAAGUAUGACUUCCUGCACACGGGGGCCACACGGGGGCUCGUGGUACAUGGUCUGAGCCACAAAGACGCCGGCCUGUACUCCUGCCACGUGGGCCCCGAGGAGACCCGUGCCCAGGUCAGCGUGCAUGACCUGCAUUUGGGCAUCACCAAGAGGCUCAAGACAGUGGAGGUGCUGGAGGGUGGGAGUUGCAGCUUUGAGUGCAUCCUGUCCCACGAGAGUGCCAGCGAGCCAGCCGUCUGGACCAUCGGCGGGAGGACAGUGGGCAGCUCCGGCCGCUUCCGGGCCAGGCGCCAGGGCCGCAAGUACACCCUAGCUGUUCAGGAUGCCGCAAUGAGCGACGCAGGAGAGGUGGUGUUCUCUGUGGCGGGCCUCACCUCCAAGGCCUCCAUGGUGGUCAAAGAGAAGCUAGCAGGCAUCACAAAGGCCCUGGAGGACCAGCAGGCGACACUGGGGGAAGACGUGGUGCUGAGCUGUGAGCUGUCCCGGGCAGGCACCUCGGUGCGCUGGCUGAAGGAUGGCAAGGCCAUCCACAAGAGCCAGAAGUACGAGGUGUGCAGUGAGGGCACUCGGGCCCUGCUGGUCAUCCACAGGGCCACACUCAACGACUCGGGCGAGUAUGCGUGCGAGACAGAGACCUCCAGGAGCGCAGCCAGCCUCCACGUGGAAGAAAGGGCUAACCGCUUCACCAAGGAGCUGACUGAUGUGCAGGCUGAAGAGAAGGGCUUGGCCGUGUUUGAGUGUGAGACGGAGCGUCCCGUGACCACAGUGACCUGGCGCAGGGGCCUGGUGGAGCUGCAUGCCUCGGGCAAGCAUGCACCCAGCCAGGAGGGCCUGGCUUUGAGGCUCACCAUCAGUGCCCUGGAGCGGGCGGACAGUGAUACCUACACCUGCGACAUUGGCCAGGCGCAAUCGCAGGCCCGGCUCCUGGUGCAAGGCCAGAGCGUGCGCAUCAUUGAGGACCUGGAGGACAUGGACGUGCAGGAGGGCUCCUCGGCCACCUUCCGCUGCCGCAUAUCCCCUGCUGACUAUGAGCCUGUCCACUGGUUCUUGGACAAAACGCCCCUGCAUGCCAAUGAGCUCAAUGAGAUCGAAGUCCAACCUGGGGGCUACCAUGUGCUGACCCUGCGACAGCUUUCGCUCAAGGACUCAGGCACUGUCUACUUUGAGGCAGGUGACCAGCGGGCUUCGGCCACCCUGCGGAUUACAGAGAAGCCGAGCAUCUUCUCUCGGGAGCUCACUGACACCACGGUCCUCGAGGGUGACGACCUCACUCUCAUUUGUGAGACCACCACACCUGACAGCCCUGUGAGCUGGAGCAAGGAUGGGAAAGCCCUUCGGCCCUCGGCCCGGUGUCAGCUGAGUUAUGAGGGCUACAAGGCCCGGCUGGUCAUCACAGACACCACUGUGCAGGACGGCGGGCGCUACAAGUGCGAGGCAGGGGGCGCCUGGAGCAGCUCUGUCGUCAGGGUCCACGCACGGCCAGUGCGGUUCCGGGAAAGGCUGAAGGAUGUGGAGGUGCUGGAGGGCGGCGCUGUGACACUGCGCUGUGUGCUGUCCUCUGUGGCUGCGCCUGUACAGUGGCGCUAUGGGGACGAAGUCCUGCGGCCGGGUGACAAGUAUGGCCUGCGCCAGGAGGGAACCGUACUGGAGCUGGUGGUGCGCCACCUGCAGCCCAAGGACAGUGGGCAGUACUCAUGCUCCUUCGGGGACCAGACCACCAUGGCCAAGCUCACCGUGAAGGCCCUGCCUGCCCAGUUCAUAGGAAAACUAAGAAGCAAGGAGGCCGUGGAAGGGACCACGGCCAUGCUGCGGUGUGAGCUGAGCAAGGCGGCUCCUGUAGAGUGGAGGAAGGGCCCUGAGACCCUCAGCACUGGUGGAAGAUACAGCCUGAGGCAGAAUGGGUCUGUGUGUGAGCUGGAGAUCCGUGGCCUGGCUGCGGCAGAUGCCGGGGAGUACUCGUGUGUGUGUGGGCAGGAGAGGACCUCAGCCACACUGACUGUGAAGGCCCAGCCUGCCCAGUUCAUAGGAAGACUGAGAAACAAGGAGGCCACAGAAGGGUCCAUGACCACGCUGUGCUGUGAGCUGAGCAGGGUGGCCCCUGUGCAGUGGAGGAGAGGCCUUGAGACCCUUAACACCGGGGACAAAUACAGCCUGAGGCAGGAUGGGGCUGUGUGUGAGCUGGAGAUCCGUGACCUGGCCAUGGGGGAUGCUGGGGAGUACUCGUGUGUGUCUGGGCAGGAGAGAACCUCAGCCAUGCUGACUGUGAGGGCCCUGCCAGCCAGAUUCAUACAAGGUCUGAAGAGUGAAGAAGCCACAGAAGGGGCCACGGUCAUGCUGUGGUGUGAGCUGAGCAAGACGGCCCCUGUGCAGUGGAGGAAAGGCCCCAAGACCCUCAGUUCUGGGGACAGAUACAGCCUGAGGCAGGAUGGGGCCAUGUGUGAGCUGGAGAUCCGUGGCCUGGCUGUGGAGGAUGCUGGGGAGUAUUCAUGUGUGUGCGGGCAGGAGAGGACCUUGGCCAUGCUGACCGUGAGGGCCCUGCCAGCCAGAUUCAUACAAGGUCUGAAAAGUGAGGAGGCUAUGGAAGGGGCCACGGCCCUGCUGCGGUGUGAGCUGAGCCAGGUGGCCCCAGUGGAGUGGAGAAAGGGCCCCCAAACCCUCAGCACCGGUGACAGAUAUAGCCUCAGGCAGGAUGGAGCCACAUGUGAGCUGGAAAUCCAUGGCCUGGUCAUAGAAGAUGCUGCAGAGUAUUCAUGUGUGUGCGGACAGGAGAGGACCUCAGCCACGCUGACUGUGAGGGCCCUGCCAGCCAGAUUCAUACAACGUCUGAAGAGUGAGGAGGCCACUGAAGGGGUCACGGCCAUGCUGCGGUGUGAGCUGAGCAGGAUAGCCCCUGUGGAGUGGAGGAAGGGCCCCAAGACCCUCAGCACUGGGGACAGAUACAGCCUCAGGCAGGAUGGGGCCAUGUGUGAGCUGGUGAUCCAUGGCCUGGCUUUGGCUGACACUGGGGAGUACUCAUGCGUGUGUGGGCAAGAGAAGACCUCGGCCACACUGACCGUGAAGGCCCUGCCAGCCAGAUUCAUACAAGGUCUGAAGAGUGAGGAGGCCACAGAAGGGGCCAUGGCCACGCUGAGGUGUGAGCUGAGCAAGACGGCCCCCGUGCAGUGGCAGAAGGGCUCUGAGACCCUCAGCACUGGGGACAGAUACUACCUGAGGCAGGACGGGGCCAAAUGUGAGCUGGAGAUCCGAGGCCUGGCCGUGGCUGAUGCUGGGGAGUAUUUGUGUGUGUGCGGACAGGAAAGGACCUCAGCAACACUCACUGUGAAGGCUCUGCCAGCGAGAUUCAUACAAGGUCUGAAGAGUGAGGAGGCCACAGAAGGGGCCACAGCCACACUGUGUUGUGAGCUGAGCAAGGCGGCCCCGGUGCAGUGGAAGAAGGGUUCUGAGACCCUCAGCACUGGGGACAGAUACUACCUGAGGCAGGAUGGGGCCAAAUGUGAGCUGGAGAUCCGUGGCCUGGCCGUUGCUGAUGCUGGGGAGUAUUCGUGUGUGUGCGGACAGGAGAGAACCUCGGCAACGCUCACUGUGAAGGCCCUGCCAGCCAGAUUCAUACAAGGUCUGAAGAGUGAGGAGGCCACGGAAGGGGCCACGGCCACACUGCAGUGUGAGCUGAGCAAGACGGCCCCCGUGCAGUGGCAAAAGAGCUCUGAGACCCUCAGUACUGGGGACAGAUACUACCUGAGGCAGGACGGGGCCAAAUGUGAGCUGGAGAUCCGUGGCCUGGGCAUGGCUGACGCUGGGGAGUAUUUGUGUGUGUGCGGGCAGGAAAAGACCUCAGCAACACUCACCGUGAAGGCCCUACCAGCCAGAUUCAUACAAAGUCUGAAGAGUGAGGAGGCCACGGAAGGGGCCACAGCCACACUGUGUUGUGAGCUGAGCAAGAUGGCCCCGGUGCAGUGGAAGAAGGGCUCUGAGACCCUCAGCACUGGGGACAGAUACUGCCUGAGACAGGACGGAGCGAAAUGUGAGCUGGAGAUCCGUGAUCUGGCUGUGACAGAUGCUGGGGAGUAUUUGUGUGUGUGCGGACAGGAGAGGACCUCGGCAACGCUCACUGUGAAGGCCCUGCCAGCCAGAUUCAUACAAGGUCUGAAGAGUGAGGAGGCCACGGAAGGGGCCACGGCCACAUUUUGGUGUGAGCUGAGCAAGACAGCCCCCGUGCAGUGGAAGAAGGGCUCUGAGACCCUCAGCACUGGGGACAGAUACUGCCUAAAACAGGACGGGGUCAAAUGUGAGCUGGAGAUCCAUGGCCUGGGCGUGGCUGACAGUGGGGAGUAUUUGUGUGUGUGCGGGCAGGAGAAGACCUCAGCAACGCUCACUGUGAAGGCCCUACCAGCCAGAUUCAUACAAAGUCUGGAGAGUGAGGAAGCCACAGAAGGGGCAAUGGCCAUCCUGCGGUGUGAGCUGAGCAAGAUGGCCCCUGUGCAGUGGAAGAAGGGCUCUGAGACUCUCAGCACAGGGAACAGAUACCACCUGAGGCAGGAGGGGGCCAAAUGUGAGCUGGAGAUCCAUGACCUGGCUGUGGCUGAUGCUGGGGAGUAUAUUUGUGUGUGUGGGCAGGAGAAGACCUCGGCAACGCUCACUGUGAAAGUCCUGCCAGCCAGAUUCAUACAAGGCCUGGAGAGUGAGGAGGCUAUGGAAGGGGCCACAGCCAUCCUGCAGUGUGAGCUGAGCAAGGCGGCCCCUGUGCAGUGGAAGAAGGGCUCUGAGACCCUCAGUACUGGGGACAGAUACUGCCUGAGACAGGACGGGGCCAAAUGUGAGCUGGAGAUCCGUGGCCUGGCCUUGACAGAUGCUGGGGAAUAUUUGUGUGUGUGCGGACAGGAGAGAACCUCGGCAACGCUCACUGUGAAGGCUCUGCCAGCCAGAUUCAUACAAGGUCUGAAAAGUGAGGAAGUCACGGAAGGAGCUGUGGCCAUCCUGCGGUGUGAGCUGAGCAAGACAGCCUCUGUGCAGUGGAAGAAGGGCUCUGAGACCCUCAGCACUGGGGACAGAUACUACAUGAGGCAGGAUGGGGCCAAAUGUGAGCUGGAGAUCCGUGGCCUGGCCGUGGCUGAUGCUGGGGAGUAUUCGUGUGUGUGCGGACAGGAGAGGACCUCAGCAACGCUCACUGUGAAGGUCCUGCCAGCCAGAUUCAUACAAGGCCUGGAGAGUGAGGAGGCUAUGGAAGGGGCCACAACCACACUGCGGUGUGAGCUGAGCAAGACGGCCCCCGUGCAGUGGAGGAAGGGCUCUGAGAUCCUCAGCACUGGCGAUAGAUACUGCCUGAAACAGGACGGGACCAAAUGUGAGCUGGAGAUCUGUGGCCUGGCCAUGGCAGAUGCUGGGGAGUAUUUGUGUGUGUGCGGGCAGGAGAGGACCUCGUCAACGCUCACUGUGAAGGCUCUGCCAGCCAGAUUCAUACAAGGUCUGAAGAGUAAGGAAGCCACAGAAGGGGCUAUGGCCAUCCUGCGGUGUGAGCUGAGCAAGACGGCCCCGGUACAGUGGAAGAAGGACUCUGAAACCCUCAGCACUGGGGAGAGAUACUGCCUGAGACAGGAUGGGGCCAAAUGUGAGCUGGAGAUCUGUGACCUGGCCGUGGCUGAUGCUGGGGAGUAUUCGUGUGUGUGCGGACAGGAGAGGACCUCAGCAACUCUCACUGUGAAGGCCUUGCCAGCCAAAUUCAUACAAGGCCUGAAGAGUGAGGAGGCCACUGAAGGGGCCAAAGCCAUGCUUCAGUGUGACCUGAACAAGAUGGCCCCCGUGCAGUGGAAGAAGGGCCCUGAGGUCCUCAGCACUGGUGACAAGUACAUUGUGAGGCAGAUUGGGACCAAAUGUGAGCUGGAGAUCUGUGGCCUGGCUGUGGCAGAUGCUGGGGAGUAUAUGUGUGUGUGCGGGCAGGAGAGGACCUCGGCCACGCUCACCGUGAAGGCCCUGCCAGCCAGAUUCAUACAAGGUCUGAAGUGUGAGGAGGCCAUGGAAGGGGCCGCGACCACCCUGAGAUGUGAGUUGAGCAAAAAGGCCCCGGUGCAGUGGAAGAAGGGCUCUGAGACCCUCAGCACUGGGGACAGAUACUGCCUGAGGCAGGAUGGGGCCACGUGUGAGCUGGAGAUCCGUGAUCUGGCUGUGACAGAUGCUGGGGAGUAUUUGUGUGUGUGCGGCCAGGAGAGGACCUCGGCCAAGCUCACUGUAAAGGCCCGACAGGUGGUGUUCAGAACACAGCUGCAAAACCUGCAAGCUGAGGAGGGCUCCACAGCCAGCCUCCAGUGUGAGCUUUCGGUGCCGGAUGCCACUGUGAUCUGGAGCAAGGGUGGGCUUGAGCUGCAGGCUGCUGGGCGGCUGGAGCUGCGGAAGCGGGGGCCUGUGGUAGAGCUGCUGCUGCGGGACCUGCACCGGGAGGAUGCUGGGGAGUACAGCUGCACCUGUGGCUCCCAGAGCACCAGUGCCACCCUCACGGUAACAGCUGCACCUGUGUGCUUUCUGCGGGAGCUGCAGCCCCAGGAGGUAGACGAGGGUUCGACGGCGCGGCUGUGCUGUGAGCUGAGCCAGCCAGGAGCCAGUGUAGAGUGGCGCAAGGGUUCCCUGCAGCUCUUCCCCUGUGCCAAGUACCAGAUGGUGCAGGAGGGCGUGGCUGUUGAGCUGCGAGUAUGCAACACGGAGCAGGAGGAUGCUGGUGACUACACCUGUGACACUGGGCAGCGGCAGAGCACAGCCAGCCUCUCGGUCCGCGCCCCCAGGCCCCAAUUCAAGGCUCGGCUGCAAAGCAUGGAGCAGGAGGUGGGUGGUGUGGCCCGGCUGUGCUGUGAGCUGAGCGAGGACAAGCCAGGCACCUCUGUGCAGUGGCUUAAGGAGGGCAUGGAACUUCGUGGGGGCCCCAAGUAUGAGAUGCGAUGCCAAGGAGCCAUGUGCGAACUGCUGAUCCACGGGCUUGAGGCCAAGGACACGGGCGAGUAUGCCUGUGUGGUGGGUGGCCAGAGAACCUCGGCCUCUGUCAAGGUCAAAGAGCCUGAGGUGACGAUUGUGCGGGGGCUGCUGGAUGCUGAGGUGCGGGCUGAUGAGGAUGUAGAGUUCUGCUGUGAGGUAUCGCGGCCUGGGGCCACAGACGUGGAGUGGCGGCUCCAGGGCCUGCCACUGCAGAGCAAUGAGGUGACUGAGGUGGGUGUGCGGGGCGGCUGCACCCACACACUGCGGCUGAAGGGCGUCACACUCGAGGAUGCGGGUACUGUCUCCUUCCACGUGGGCCUCUGCACCUCCUCUGCCCAGCUCACUGUCCAAGCCCCUGAGGUGGCCAUCCUGGAGCCUCUGCGGGACGUGCAGCUCAACGAGGGCCAGGACGCCCGCUUCUGGUGCCGGCUGUCCAGGGCCCCAGGCCAGGAGGCCCACUGGGCUCUGGGUGGGGUGCCCUUGCAGGCCAACGAGAUGAAUGACAUCACAGUGCAGGACGGUGUGCUCCACGUACUCAUCUUGCAUAAGGUAACCUUCGAGGAUGCUGGAACCGUCAGUUUCCAAGUGGGCCAGUGCAGCUCGGAGGCCCAGCUGAAGGUCACAGCCAAGAACACGGUGGUGCGUGGCCUGGAGAAUGUGGAGGCGCUGGAGGGCGGGGAGGCCCUGUUUGAGUGCCAGCUCUCACAGCCGGAGGUGGCGGCCCACAGCUGGCUGCUGGACGACGAGCCGGUCCGCACCUCGGAGAACGCAGAGGUGGUCUACUUUGAGAAUGGCUUGCGACACUUGCUCCUGCUGAAAAACCUGAGGCUCCAGGACAGCUGCCGGGUGACCUUCCUGGUUGGGGACAUGGUGACCUCGGCCUUCCUCACAGUCAGAGGCUGGCGCCUGGAACUCCUGGAACCCCCUCAGGAUGUGACGGUGCGGGCUGGCGGGCAGGCCACAUUCCACUGCACGCUCAGUGAGGCGGUGCCCGUGGGCGAGGCCUCCUGGUACCUCAAUGGUGCCGCCAUCACACCGGAGGACACUGACUGGGCAGUCAUUGCCGACGGCAACCACCACACCCUACUGCUGCGAAGCGCCCAGCCCCACCACGCCGGGGAGGUCACCUUUGCUGCCCGGGAUGCGGUAACCUCUGCCCGGCUUACUGUGCUGGGCCUCCCUGACCCCCCCGAGGAUGCGGAAGUGGUGGGCCGGAGCGGCUGCUCUGUGACUCUGUCCUGGGUGGCCCCAGCCAGUGAUGGUGGUGGUGGCCUUUGCGGCUAUCGGGUGGAGAUGAAGUCAGCGGCCACAGGAGAGUGGCAGCUGUGCCAUGAGCUGGUGCCAGGGCCUGAGUGUGUGGUGGACGGCCUGGCCCCUGGGGAGACAUACCGUUUCCGUGUUGCGGCUGUGGGCCCUGCAGGUGCUGGGGAGCCCGUGCAUCUGCCCCAGAUGGUGAAGCUCGAGCCUCUGGAACCUGCGCCUGCACCCCUGUCUCCCGUGAGCCAGGAAGUGGCAGCUGGCGAGGAUGUGCAUCUGGAGUGCGAGGUGAUGGCCGAGGUUGGCGAGGUCGCCUGGCAGAAGGGGACGGAGAGCAUCCAGCCUGGCGGCCGCUUUGAAAUCAUCACCCAGGGCCAGCGGCAGACACUGGUCAUCCGGGGUUUCACGCCGGAGGACCAGGGCGAGUACCACUGUAGUCCAGCCUGCGGCCAGGCCCCCAUGGCUGCUGCCACCUUCCAGGUGAUGCUGACCCCAGGCUCAGAGGGCGAGGCCCCAGCACAGCCCAGCCUCCCUCCCGAGGCGGCCCAGGAAGGCGACCUGCAUCUGCUGUGGGAGGCCCUGGCCCGGAAGCGCCGCAUGAGCCGUGAGCCAACACUGGACUCCAUCAGUGAGCUGCCCGAGGAGGAUGGACGCCCUCAGCGCCAGCGGCAGGAGGCAGAGGAGGCGGCCCCCUACCUCUCCGAGGACUACUCCACGGCCGACGAGCUGGCGCGCACUGGCGAGGCCGACCUGUCACACACCAGCUCUGAUGACGAGUCCCGGGCAGGCACCCCUUCCCUGAUCUCCUACCUCAAGAAGGCUGGGCGGCCGGCUGCCCUGACUCCUGCCAGCAAGGUCAUGGCCCCACCAGCCCCCUGUGGGGAGCCACAGAAGCUCCAGGAGCCACCGGCCACAGUGCACCCACCAUCAGGUGACCUGAAUGCUGAGGACUUGGGCGACACAUCCAUGGACAAGGCGGCCAUGAAGAUCCAGGCGGCCUUUAAGGGCUACAAGGUCCGCAAGGAGAUGAAGCAGCAGGAAGCGCCUGUGUUCAGGCGCACGUUUGGGAACACGGAGGCCCAGGUGGGGGAUGUCCUGCACCUGGAGUGUGUGGUGGCCAGCAAGGCAGACCUGCAGGCCCGGUGGCUGAAGGACGGUGUGGAGCUGGUGGAUGGGCGGCACCACCACAUUGACCAGCUUACUGAUGGCACCUGCUCUCUGCUGGUUACGGGUCUGGGCCAUGCUGAUGCUGGCCACUAUACCUGUGAAGUGAGCAACAAGUUCGGCCGUGUAGUCCACAGUGCCUGUGUGGUGGUCAGCGGGACUGAGAGUGAAGCAGACAGCUCGUCGGGGGGCGAGCUGGAUGAUGCCUUCCGGCGGGCUGCCCGGCGGCUGCACCGGCUCUUCCGCACCAAGGGCCCAGCUGAGGUCUCGGAAGAGGAGCUCUUCUUCAGUGCGGAGGAGGGCAGCGUGGAGGUGGAGGAGCCUGGGGACGGGCAGAUGUACCGUGAGGAUGAGCACUUUGUCUGCAUCCGUUUUGAGGCCCUUGCCGAGGCCCGCCAGGCUGCCUCCCGCUUCCAGGAGAUGUUUGCCACGAUGGGGAUCGGGGUGGAGAUCAACCUCAUGGAGCCAGGGCCCCAUAGGGUGGAGAUGCACAUCAGCAAGGUGGCCCCGACGGUGCUUCCGGGGCCCAUGCCCAGCAUCCUGACCUCAGACACCGCUCCGGUGUUCCUGACUGAGCUGCAGGACCAAGAGGUACAGGAUGGUUAUCCUGUGAGCUUCGACUGCGUGGUGACGGGCCAGCCAGUGCCCAGUGUACGCUGGUUCAAGGACGGGAAGGUGCUGGAAGAGGAUGACCACUACAUGAUCAAUGACGACCAGCAGGGUGGCCACCAGCUCAUUAUCAUGGCUGUGGUGCCAGCAGACAUGGGUGUCUACCGCUGCCUGGCUGAGAACAGCAUGGGUGUCUCUUCCACCAAAGCUGAGCUCCGCGUGGACCUGACAAGCACAGACUAUGAAACUGCGGCUGAUGCCACCACGGAGACCUCAUCCUACUUCAGUGCCCAAGGCUACUUGUCCAGCCGGGAACAAGAGGGCACGGAGUCGACUUCAGAGGAAGGGCAGCUGCCUCAGGUGGUGGAGGAGCUGAGAGACCUUCAGGUGGCCCCAGGCACACACCUGGCCAAGUUCAACCUCAAGGUGAAAGGCUACCCAACGCCUCGCCUGUACUGGUUCAAAGACGGGCAGCCCCUGUCCACAUCCGCCCACAUCCGCAUGACCGACAAGAAGACGGUGCACACCCUAGAGAUCCUCUCGGUCACCAGGGAGGACGCCGGCCAGUACUCGGCCUACAUCACCAAUGCUGUGGGGGCAGCCUACUCGUCUGCCCGGCUCCUGGUGCGAGGCCUGGAUGAACCAGAAGAGAAGCCGGCACCUGUUGUGCAGGAGCAGCUGGUGCCACCCCGAAUCCUGGAGAGAUUCACCCCCAAAAAGGUGAAGAAGGGUUCCAGUAUCACCUUCUCAGUGAAGGUUGAAGGCCACCCAGCCCCAGCCGUGCACUGGCUGCGGGAGGAGGCUGCACAGGGCGUGCUGUGGAUCGGGCCCAACACGCCAGGCUGCACCGUGGCCAGCUCUGGGCAGCAGCACAGCCUGGUCCUGCUGGACGUGGGUCGGCAGCACCAGGGCACCUACACCUGCAUCGCCACCAAUGCUGCCGGCCAGGCGCUUUGCUCUGCGUGCCUGCACAUCUCUGGCGUGUCCAAGGAACCCAGGGCAGCAGAGGAGCAGGGGGGUGCAAAGGAGGCCCUCAUCUCCACCUUUCUGCAGGGGACCCAAGACAUCUCAACACAGCUGUCGGAGUCUAUGGGAUUCACCAACCUGGCAGGGCAGAGGAAAGGGGAGCCAUCUGUGGCUGAGGAGGCCCGUGGCCACCUCUCCCUCGCCGAGGUCAGUACUGAGGAGUUCCUCCAGAAGCUCACCUCCCAGAUCACGGAGAUGGUGUCGGCCAAAAUCACGCAGGCCCAGCUGCAGGUGCCUGGAGGUGACAGUGAUGAGGAGUCCAAGACGCCGUCCCCAUCGCCCCGGCAUGGCCGCUCACGGCCCUCUUCCAGUAUCCAGGAGUCCUCCUCAGAGUCAGAGGACGGUGACGCCCGUGGUGAGAUCUUCGACAUCUACGUGGUCACAGCCGACUACCUCCCGCUGGGGGCGGAGCAGGAUGCCAUUACGCUGAGGGAGGGCCAGUACGUGGAGGUCCUGGACUCAGCCCACCCGCUGCGCUGGCUUGUGCGCACCAAGCCCACCAAGUCCAGCCCCUCGCGGCAAGGCUGGGUGUCACCUGCCUACCUGGACAAGAGGCUUAAGCUCUCGCCUGAGUGGGGGACCACCGAGGUGCCCGAGUUCACUGGGGAGGCCAUGUCUGAGGAUGAAUACAAGAUGAGGCUGAGCUCUGUCAUCCAGGACCUCCUGGGCUCGGAGCAGGCCUUUGCUGGCACGCUGCAGUUUGUGCAGAGCCACCACAUGCAGCACCUGGACCGCUGUCCCCACGUGCCCGCCAUGGUGGCCAGCCAGAGGGCGGUCAUCUUCCGCAACCUGCGGGACAUCAGCCACUUCCACAGCAGCUUCCUGAAGGAGCUGCAGAAGUGCGACACUGACGACGACGUGGCCAUGUGCUUCAUCAAGAAUGAGGCGGCCUUUGAGAAAUACCUGGAGUUCCUGGUGGGCCGUGUACAGGCCGAGUCGGUGGUUGUCAGCACAGCUGUCCAGGAGUUCUACAAGAAAUACACCGAGGAGGUGCUGUCGGCGGCAGACCCCUCGCAGCCCCCGCCUCCGCCGCUGCAGCAUUACCUGGAGCAACCUAUCGAGCGGAUCCAGCAGUACCAGACCCUCCUCAAGGACCUGAUCCGCAACAAGGCACGGAAUAGGCAGAACUGCGCCCUGCUGGAACAGGCCUACGCCGUGGUGUCGGCCCUGCCUCAACGCGCCGAGAACAAGCUGCACGUGUCACUCAUGGAGAACUACCCUGGCACCCUGGAGGCCCUGGGCGAGCCCAUCCGGCAGGGCCACUUCAUUGUGUGGGAAGGGGCGCCAGGUGCCAGAAUGCCCUGGAAAGGCCACAACCGCCAUGUCUUCCUCUUCCGCAACCACCUGGUGAUCUGUAAGCCCAAGCGGGACUCGAGGACUGACACCUUCAGCUAUGUCUUCAGGAACAUGAUGAAGCUGAGCAGCAUCGACCUGAAUGACCAGGUGGAGGGUGACGAUCGUGCCUUCGAGGUAUGGCAUGAGCGAGAGGACUCGGUGCGCAAGUAUCUCCUGCAGGCGCGGACGGUCAUCAUCAAGAACUCCUGGGUGAAGGAGAUCUGUGGCAUCCAGCAGCGCCUUGCCCUGCCCAUCUGGCGUCCCCCAGAUUUUGAAGAGGAGCUGGCAGACUGCACGGCUGAGCUGGGGGAGACGGUCAAGCUGGCCUGCCGUGUGACAGGCACACCCAAGCCCAUCGUCAGCUGGUACAAAGAUGGGAAGACAGUGGAGGUGGACCCUCACCACAUCUUAAUUGAAGACCCUGAUGGCUCAUGCUCCCUCAUCUUGGACAACCUUACUGGCAUGGACUCAGGCCAGUACAUGUGCUUUGCAGCAAGUGCCGCCGGCAAUGCCAGCACCCUGGGGAAGAUCCUGGUGCAAGUCCCCCCACGGUUUGUGAACAAAGUCCGUGCUGCCCCCUUUGUGGAGGGAGAAGAUGCCCAGUUCACCUGCACCAUCGAAGGUGCCCCAUAUCCUCAGAUCAGGUGGUACAAGGAUGGGGCCCUGCUGACCCCAGGCAGCAAGUACCAGAUGUUCAGUGAGCCCCGCAGCGGUAUGCUGGUGCUGGAGAUCCGGGCCGCCAGCCAGGGCAACCUAGGCUACUAUGAGUGUGAGCUGGUGAACCGGCUGGGCUCAGCGCGCGGAGGUGCAGAGCUGUACAUGCAGAGCCCGGCACUGAGGGCCCGUGAGCAGCCGCGCAGGGAACAGCUCGUCGCAGUGGAAGAUGCUGCUGUCCCAGCCCCAGCUGCCCUGGAGGACUGUGCCCUCCUGGAGGACUCUGCCUACCUGGAAGACUGUGACCGCUUAGAGAACUCUGCCUGUCUGGAGGACUCUGACCGCCGGGAGGAUUCUGACCGCCUGGAGGACUCUGUCCGCCGAGAGGACUCUGACCGCCUGGAGGACUCUGCCCACCGGGAGGACUCUGUCUGCCAGGAGGACUCUGUCCGCCAGGAGGACUCUUACCGCCUGGAGAACUCUGUCUGCCAGGAGGAUUCUGACCGCUUAGAAGACUCUGCCUGUCUGGAGGACUCUGACCGCCGGGAGGAUUCUGACCGCCUGGAGGACUCUGCCCACCGGGAGGACUCUGUCUGCCAGGAAGACUCUGACCACUUAGAGGACUCUACCCGUCUGGAGGACUCUGCCCGCUGGCAGAACUCUGUCUGCCGGGAGGACUCUGUCUGCCGGGAGGACUCUGUCCUAGCAUCCCUCGAGCAAGCUGACCAGAAUGUCCAUUUGGCCCUGCAGAGACCGGGAGGCACUGAGGCUCCAGGCCCUUCCACAGAGGACUACAGUCCUGGCAGCCCCUUUUUCACAGGCCCCACACCUGGGAGGGAGCCUGUCCUACAGGAUGCCAGCCUGUCAACCCCAUGCACGGGAGUCAUGGAUGCAUCUGCCAAGGUCCCCAGUGAGCCCCAGGUGAUGGCACAGCCCCUCCCUGGUGCCAGCCUGGAGCAGGAGACGGCAGCAGGCGCCGGGGCCCAGGAACGGACCAUCCCCAUUCGGAUAGAGGGUGCGGCCUGGUCCGGGGCAGGGGCAGCAGAGCCACUCCAGGACGCCCACAGCCACGUGUUCAUGGAGACCACCUACAGGACCUAUGUGUACCAGGCCAGCAACAUUGGUGUCACAAGGCCCCCGUCCAUGCAGGUCACCAUUGAAGAUGUGCAGGCAACAAGGGGCGGCACAGCUCAGUUUCAGGCCAUCAUUGAAGGCAACCCCCAGCCCACGGUGACCUGGUACAAGGACAGUGCCCCACUGGAGGACAGUGCCCGGCUCAGCCAAAAGCAGGAUGGGACUGCAUAUACCCUGGUGCUGUGGGACGUGGAACAGCAUGAUGCUGGCGUCUACACCUGCCUGGCCCGCAAUGCCGGCGGUGAGGUGCUGUGCAAGGCAGAGCUGCUGGUCCUCGGGGGAGAAAGCGAGCCAGAAUUGGAAUCGGAGAGGCAAAGCAGCCGAAGGAAAUUGCACUCUUUCUACGAGGUCCAGGAGGAGAUUGGCAGGGGAGUGUUUGGCUUCGUAAAGAGAGUGCAGCACAAGGGGAACAAGAUGUCCUGUGCAGCCAAGUUCAUCCCCCUGCGGAGCAAGACACGGGCCCAGGCAUACCGGGAGCGGGACAUCCUCGCCAUGCUUAGCCACCCUCUCAUCACCAAGCUGCUGGACCAGUUUGAGACCCGGAAGACCCUGAUUCUCAUCCUGGAGCUGUGUUCAUCAGAGGAGCUGCUGGACCGCUUGUUCAAGAAAAGCGUGAUGACGGAGGCCGAGGUGAAGAUCUACAUCCAGCAGCUGGUGGAGGGGCUGCAGUACCUGCAUGCCAAUGGCAUCCUCCACCUGGACAUAAAGCCUGCCAACAUCCUGAUGGUGCACCCUGCUCGGGAAGACAUCAAAAUCUGCGACUUUGGCUUUGCCCAGAAAAUCACCCCAUCAAAGCCACAGUAUAGCAAGUAUGGCUCCCCAGAGUUUGUGCCCCCUGAGGUCAUCGAGCAGACCCCCGUGAGCGAGGGUUCUGACAUCUGGGCCAUGGGAGUCAUCUCCUACCUCAGCCUGACCUGCUCAUCACCGUUUGCCGGUGAGAGUGACCGUGCAACUCUGCUGAACGUUCAGGAGGGGCAGGUGUCCUGGACCAGCCCCAUGGCCGCCCACCUCAGUGAAGACGCCAAGGACUUUAUCAAGGCUGCCCUGCAGAGGGCCCCGGAGGCCCGGCCCAGCGCCUCCCAGUGCCUCGCCCACCCUUGGUUCCUGAAGUCUGUGCCGGCAGAAGAGGCCCAUUUCAUUAACACCAAGCAGCUCAAGUUCCUGCUGGCCCGGAGCCGCUGGCAGCGCUCGUUGAUGUGUUACAAGUCCAUCCUGGUGAUGCGCUCCAUCCCGGAGCUGCUCCAAGGCCCGCCCGACAGCCCAUCCCUCGGGGUCUCCCGGCACCUGCUCCGGGAUGCCAGUGGCUCCUCCAGCAGCUCCUCCUCGGAUAACGAGAUUGCCCCAUACGCUCGGGCCAAGUCGCUGCCACCCUCCCCUGUCACCCACUCCCCACUCCUGCACCCCAGGGGCUUCCUGCGGCCCUCGGCCAGCCUGCCAGAGGAGACUGAGGUCCAUGUGCCCCCCCCAGCCCCCUCUCUGCCUGUGGCAUCACCUGUGUCCCUGGAGAGCCAAGAGGUGGCCGCUGGGGUCCCGGGUGCAGGCCCACUGGCCGUCCCAGGCUGUGUGCCCCGCCAGAGCAUCAUCCGGAGCCUGUUCUACCAGCAGGCCGGGGAAGGCUCAGAACGUGGGUGCCCACCCUCGGCCCCAGGCAGCAGGAAGCACCUGGCGCGGGCCAGGCAGCACCUACUGAAGGGUGGCUACAUUGCAAGGGUGCUGCCUGGCCUGCGUGAGCCCCUGAUGGAGCACCGAGCCCUGGAGGAGCAGGCUGCCAGGGAGGAGCAGACUGCCAGGGAGGAGCAGGUCACCCUCAUGACCAAGGUGCCCUCUUGUGAGACCGCCCUGAGGCUCCCCAGCUCAACUGCCCGAGUGGUGCCCGGCCGAAGCCGCUCCCUGGACCAGGACCAGCCACGCACCACCAGCCCCUUUUCCGAGGAGCCGAGGAAGUCCCCUGAGGAGCCGGGGAAGUCACCCAAGGACUACUUUGAGGGGCAGUGUCCCCACCCAGCUCCCUGGGGGCUCGGGGAGGUCUCACAGGACAGCUCUGUGCAGGGCCCAAGCCCCUUUCUGCUUAGGGAACCCACAGCCACUCUGCACACUGGGGCCUGGGCCCUGGGCACCAUGUCCUCUGCCCAGGCAGCCCCAGGCUCUGAAGAGGGGUCCGUGCAAGGGUCGAAACUGCUUCCAUCCACAGAUGGAAACACAGGUCCAACAGUUUCCCAGGAUAGCUCUCAGAAGCAGCCUACCGUUUCUCUUCACUGUGACUGGGGUUCUGCCCCCCAGGAAGGCUGUGGACCCCCUGCGGCUGCUGCACCACAACUUCCAGGCUCCUUCCCUCCAGGAUCUCAUGCAGAGGGCUUCCAGAUACCCGGAAGCCCGUUCCUCUCUGGACAGCCUCAGGACUCCCCGUCCCAGGCCCAAGCAAGCCCCCUGUCAGGCUCUAAGCAGGGGGCAGAGCCCAGCCCCUCCUGUUCUAUAGGGCAGGCCUUCUGCAAGGACCUGUCCCCCCAGGAGGCUGUGCCACCUGCCCCAGUGAAUACAGAGCUGGCAGCCUGUCCGGAUGAUGAGGACUUGUCCCAGGAGACUGCUCAGCAUCGGCCUCUGGAGCAGGCAACCACUCGGAAGUUCUCCCUGGAGUGCCACGGGGGCUACGCAGGGGUGGCAGGCUAUGGCACCUUCGCCUUUGGUGGGGAUGCAGGAGGCAUGCUGGGGCAGGGCCCCAUGUGGGCCAAGAUGGCCUGGGUCCAGCGGUCUCAGUCCUGGGAGGAGCAGGAAGAAGCAGUGGCUGAGAGCCCACUGCCUUUGGCUGGCAUGGCCCCGGUGCCUGAGGGCAGCGGGCCUUCCCCCAGGGGCUCCCUGGAACUUACCUCAUGGGAAGACUUUGGCCAGGGCUCUCAGGUCUCCCUGGUACAGAUCAAGGACCUCUCAGGAGACUCGGAGGCGGCUGACACGCUGUCCCUAGACAUCUCCGAGGUGGAGCCUGCCUACCUCAACCUCUCUGACCUGUAUGACAUCAAGUACCUCCCAUUUGAGUUCAUGAUCUUCAGGAAGGUCCCCAAGCCGCCCGUGGAGCGGGAGCCAUCCUCCACCCUGGAUGAAGAUGAGGGGCUGGCAGAGCUCCCAGAGGCGGUGUGGCCCUGGCUGGGGGAGCUAGGCCCUCCUGCCAGCCUGGCUACCCGUCCUAGAGGUAGCCUGCAGAUCACCGAGGAGGAGCCAGAGGACAUGGAGGCCCUGCUGGGAGAAGCUGCCCUGGGCCGGAAGCGGAAGGUGUCACCCUCCUCGCGAGGCUUCUUCCAGCUCUCCGGGGGCUGCCUGGCGCUGGAGGAGUCCCAGGAGCACAGCCUGCGCAAGAGGGUGAAGGCUUCAGUGGCCCACAUCUCCCGGAUCCUGACGGGCAGGGCGGAAGAUCCAGAGAAGGAGGGUCUCUCCAGGAAGAAGCUGGGCCUGGCUUCCUUCCGGCUGAAAAGCAAGGACCGAGCCCCAUCAUUCCUAAAGGAGCUCUCAGAUGAAACGGUGGUCCUGGGCCAGCCCGUGACGCUCGCCUGCCAGGUGUCAGCCCAGCCUGUUGCAAAGGCCACCUGGAGUAAAGACGGGGCAGUCCUGGAGAGCAGCAGCCGAAUUCUCAUCUCCUCCACGCUCAAGCACUUCCAGCUUUUGACCAUCCUGGUGGUGACCGCCGAGGACCUGGGUGUGUACACCUGCAGUGUGAGCAAUGCGCUGGGCACAGCAGCCACCACGGGGAUGCUCCGGAGGGCAGAGCUCCCCUCGUCCUCCCCACGCCCGGACAUUGGGGAGGUGUAUGCAGAUGGGGUGCUGCUGGUCUGGAAGCCCGUGGAGACUUGUGGCCCUGUGACCUACAUCGUUCAGUGCUGCCUGGAAGGUGGGAGCUGGAGCACUCUGGCUUCUGACAUCUUUGACUGCUGCUACCUAACUAGCAAGCUCCCGCGGGCCGGCUCAUACACCUUCCGGACGGCCUGUGUCAGCAAGGCGGGCAUGGGCCCCUACAGCCGCCCCUCGGAGCAGGUCAUCCUUGGAGGGCCCAGCCACAUGGCCUAUGAGGAGAGUGGCCACGCACUGCCAGCCCAGCCCCUCUCAAGCACACAGACCUUCGCCUUCCAGACACAGAUUCGGAGGGGCCGCUUCAGUGUGGUGCGGCAGUGCCGGGAGAAGGGCAGCGGACGCAUCCUGGCGGCCAAGAUCAUCCCCUACCGUGCGGAGAACAAGACAGCCGUGCUGGGUGAAUAUGAGGCCCUCAAGGGCCUGCGCCACCCGCACCUGGUCCAGCUGCUCGGUGCCUACCUCAGCCCACGGCACCUGGUGCUCAUCCUGGAGCUGUGCUCUGGACCAGAGCUGCUCCCCUGCCUGGCAGAUAGGGCCUCCUACUCGGAAUCAGAGGUGAAGGACUACCUCUGGCAGAUGCUGAGUGCCGCCCAGUACCUGCAUUCCCAGGGCAUCCUCCACCUGGACCUCAGGUCCGAGAACCUGAUCGUCACUGAGUACAACCUACUUAAGGUCCUUGACUUCGGCAAUGCCCAGAGCCUCGCCCAGGAGAAGGUCCUGCCUUCGGAGAAGUUCAAGGAUUUCGUGGAGACCAUGGCUCCAGAGCUCCUGGAGGGCCAAGGCGCAGUCCCGCAGACAGACGUCUGGGCCAUCGGAGUGACGGCCUUCAUCAUGCUGAGCGGGGAGUACCCGGUGAGCAGCGAGGGCGCACGUGACCUGCAGAAAGCCCUGCGCAAAGGGGUGAUCCAGCUGAGCCGUUGCUACGCAGGGCUGUCGGGGGGCGCCGUGGCCUUCCUCAGGAGCACGCUGUGCGCCCACCCCUGGGGCCGGCCCUGCGCAUCUAGCUGUCUGCACUGCGUGUGGCUGACUGAGGAGGGGCUGGCCAACUCCAGGCCCACGGCGGUGACUUUCUCCACUGCGCGCCUGCGCGCCUUCGUGCGUGAGCGAGAGAAGAGGCGGGCGCUGCUGUACAAGAAGUACAACCUGGCGCAGGUUCGCUGAGCGCCGGCGGAACGGGGGCGCGAGGGUGGGGGUGCCGCAGGGGGCCCCUCUAAUGCGACUGUACAUAUGCAUGGCACAGCAAUAAAAAAGCGGAACCUGGUGAGAUGUUUUCUGUUUUAUUGUUGUGUUUGGGGAGGAGGACUAGGGUCGUCACCUGCACUCCUGCACUGUAGGUGUCCUUGGGCACGAGUCCACUAGACCUUUGGGUCCUUCGGUGUGUUGAGAUGUCGCAACUCUCCCAAGUGUAUAUGUAUUUUCUCUUAACUGCUGUGUGUUAGUUUUAUCUCAUCAUACGAACCUACAGCUUUUUAGCAUGCCUUUCCCUGUUGGUGAGCGUUUACCUUGUUUCCAGAGCUUCUCUAUUGUGAACAGCGUGCCGGGAGAAUUCUUGUACCCGGCUUGCAAAGCAAGUGGCAGGCGCCCGCGGCAGUGCGCCCCCUGAUGGGAAAGAGUUUCACCAAU